ACCUCGGAAUGGCCUGACCAACAAACAGCCCUCACAGGCUUGCCGAGACCGCUGACGUACUCAGAUACGAUCUGAUGUGAUCCUUCUACUGGCUCUCGGUGCCCACAUGUGACACACCGUGCCACCGUGCCUACCGACUCCGCUUUCAUGGUUGUCCGCAUCACGAUGUGCCUCGUCCAUAGAGAAGCUACCAGAGAAAAUGGUGAUGGCAUGACCAGCUCAAACCCUGCGUGAGGCCGUGUACCUGUCGUAUGACUGCUCCGAUGACAGUACAGGUAGGUAUAUAGAUGCCGUACCCUUCAGUUGCAGUAAGUCGAAUUUCUAUUACACUCAGUUUCAGAAAUACCUAUCAUCAAAACAAAAACACAAUUACAACAUCAUAAUGCCGCACUUCUUCAAGAAGGGUCGCCAGGCUGUAGAGCAACCUCAUCGUGACCCGGAGGAGACUCAGGCAUAUCUCGUCGGUGGUGGCAUUGGAUCGCUAGCUGCUGCCGUUCACUUGAUCCAGGAUGCCAAGGUGCCUCCUAAGAAUAUCCACAUCCUCGAGUCACUCCCCGUCUUUGGCGGGUCAAUGGAUGGGUCCGGUAAUCCUAAAGAGGGCUAUGUCCUCCGUGGUGGACGGAUGCUCAACUUCAGCUACCUCUGCACAUACGAGCUGCUGAGCCGCGUCCCAUCUCUCACGGACCCAGAGAAGACACUACUCCAAGAGAUCAAAGACUUCAACGCCGUCCCAGAAAAUCAAACCAGCUCCAAGGCCCGCCUCCUCGCUAGCGGCAAAGACGAGGUCGAAAUCGUUGACACACGAAGAAUGGGCCUAAGUCCCACCGAACGUCUCGAUAUGAUCAAACUCACCCUCGAAAGCGAAACCAGCCUCGGCAAGAAACGCAUCGACGAAUGCUUCCCGAAAGCUUUUUUCACAACAAAGUUCUGGUAUAUGUGGGCGACCAUGUUUGCCUUCCAGCCCUGGCACAGCGCCGUUGAGUUCCGCCGCUACCUGCACCGCUUCCUGCACGAAUUCCCACGCAUUAACACUCUCGCUGGCGUCGAUCGGACGCCAUAUAACCAAUAUGACAGCAUCAUCAAGCCUAUCAUCAAGUAUCUGGACACGCAAGGCGUCGAUUUCCGCUUCAACACGAAGGUUACGGACAUUGACUUCAUCACUGGCAUACCUACUACAGUGGACGAAAUCCAUAUGCUCUCCAACGGGGUCCCCAUGACCGCACAGCUUGAUCCCGCCGACAUCGUCAUCGUCACGCUCGGCAGCAUGACCUCCAACGCCUCCAUCGGCACAAACACCGAAGCACCCGACCCCAUCCUCGAAGAAGAGCUCCAAGACGGCUCCUGGGACCUAUGGACGAAACUCGCCGCCAAAUCCCCCUCCCUCGGCAACCCCUCCGUCUUCAGCACCCGCAUCAACGAGUCGCUUUGGGAAUCCUUCACCAUCACGCUCUCCAACCCCGAACUCCUCACGCGCAUCUCGGGCCUCACGCACAACGAGCCCGGCACCGGCGCGCUGAUGACGUUCAAAGACAGCAACUGGCUGCUCUCCAUCGUCGUGCCGCACCAGCCGCACUUCGCCGACCAGCCCGUCGACACCUUCGUGCUGUGGGGCUACGGGCUCUUCCCGACUGCGCUGGGCAACUACGUGCCGAAGAAGAUGAGCGACUGCACCGGGCAGGAACUCCUCACCGAGCUGCUCGGGCACCUGCACUUCCCGCUGCAUCCGAUUCUGGAGCACGCGAUUGUGAGGCCGUGCGUGAUGCCGUAUAUCACGAGCCAGUUCUUGACGAGGGAGAAGGGGGAUCGCCCGAAGGUGGUGCCGGAGGGCAGCACGAAUCUGGGGCUGGUGGGGCAGUUUGUGGAGAUUGAGGAGGAUACGGUGUUUACGGUGGAGUAUAGCGUGCGGGGCGCGCAGAUGGCGAUGGCGAAGAUGAUGACUUGAUUGGGGGGUAAGCAGUAAUGGAAAUGGGUCGUUUGGGUUUUGAAUGGGAUUGAGGCGUUUAGGACUAAGGCUUCAUGAUUCAAUCUUUUCUGUGGAAAAGCAGUUUUUAUUCGCAUUUGUUAUGCAAGAAUGAAAUGAAUGUAUCGUUGGUUAAAAAGAAGGUGCCUUGACGGAUGCAUGCGAAGUAUCCCACGACAUUGAUGUAAAACCACGUGCAACUUCCUUUUAUCACAUGACGAGCUUACCCAGGAGAAUAUAUAUUAUCCUGCUUAAACCUCUGUCUUCCAUCAGGGG